CAUGACAUACUGAACCUUCACUGCGAACCGUCGGCGCCUGCACCGCUCUACCGCAUUGUAAUCGUCUUGGAUCACAUCUGAACAUGUCCCAAGAGUCGGGCAUGUUCUCGGUCCGCCGUCCGCGCGAGACCCUAGGCCCCGUCACCACAAACACGUCGGCGAUCCCGAUGCCGUCGUCGGCCAUGAAGCGCUCGAGCUCGAUAUCGAACAUGCCGCAGCCCCAGUUCCCACCCAACAAUGCGCGCUCCCAGUCAGGCAGUAGGAUGUCGCUGGCCCCAGGCCGCCCGAGCCAGCCCCUCUUCCCGCGCUCGUCUUCCGGCACAAACCUCGCCGAGACGGGCUUCCAGUCUGUGCAUCGCAACUCGACCAGCAAUGUUUUCGGCGGCGCGAGCAGCGGGAGGAAGAGUUUUGCGCCAGGCGCGUCCAUGUUCCAAACACCAGCACCGCCGUCGUCAGGUUCCGCGUUCGAGCAAAGCGCACAACGACGCAGCAGUGUGUUCAAAUCGCGACAGUCACAUGGCCCUGGUCAGUCGGGCAUCAAGCAGUCGUUUUUCCAGACGGCCCCUCUUCCAGCUGUGCCCCCCCCAGACCCACGACGACUGAAAGAUGCGAGCACGCGAUCGCACCUGGCACAGGAGCUCCUCGAGUACCUGACGCAUAAUAACUUCGAGAUGGAGUCCAAGCAUGUGCUCUCCAACAAAGCCAUGACAUCGCCAACCCAAAAAGACUUCAACACCAUGUUCCAGUGGCUGUACAACCGCAUCGACCCCAGCUAUCGGUUCCAGAAGUCAAUCGACCAGGAAGUCCCCAUACUUCUGAAGCAGAUGCGCUAUCCUUUCGAAAAGUCCAUCAUGAAGUCGCAGAUUGCAGCUGUGGGUGGAAACAACUGGUCAACCUUCCUUGGACUGCUCCACUGGAUGAUGCAGCUUGCGCGUCUCAUGCAAGCGUAUGAGGCUGGGUCGUACGAUGACGCUUGCUUCGAGGCUGGCUACGAUGUCUCUGGCGACCGAAUCAUCUUCGACUUCCUGACAGACGCCUAUAGCACCUGGUUAUCAGCCGAAGACGACGAUGACGAUGCAGAUGCUCAAGCCCGCCACAUUCAGCCACACGUUGACGCCAUGGCUUUGAAGUUCGAGUCAGCGAAUUCUCAGCACCAUGAACAAGUCAAAUUGCUCGAAGCUGAGCACAAGUACCUCCAAGACCAGAUCGAAGAGCUUGGAAAGUCUGGCCCCAGGAUCCAAAAACUCGAGGAGCAGAUCAAGAUUCUCGAGGAAGACCGCAUCAAGUUCGAAAAUUACAACAACUCGAUGGAUGCCAAGGUCAAAAAGUACAAUGAUCGAUGCUCGUUCCUCGAGAAGAACAUUGAGGAGAUCGAAGCUGAGCUCGAAGCGUCGGAGAAGGAACAGCAAGAGCUUCAGGCUAUUAUUGAUGGCCGGGGCAUGACUGUCGCAGACAUCGACCGUAUGGCUGCAGAAAAGGAGCGACUAGACUCCGCCCUCCAAGCAACCUCAACCCGCCUCGAAGAGUCCAAGAAACGCGUCGCAGAAAAGGAACUUGGCGCAUCUCGAAAGCUUGACGAGCUCGAGCAAACCAUCGAACGCUACAACAACCUAGGGUACCAAAUCGGCGUCAUACCCUCGACAGCCGUCAACGCAAAGGGUCAGGACUACGAGCUCGUCCUCACAGUGACCGAUGGCCCCAACUUCUCCAGCUCACAAAUGGGCGGUUCCUCACAAGAACCAUCAGACCGUCUGCUCCACGACUCAGGCACAGGCUACUCACCCCACCACCUGCUGAACCUCGAUCUCCGCGGCAACGUGAAAUCCAACAUCCUCAGCCUCCGCAAAGAGAUCGCCGAGCGCAGAAACUCGGCGCUGGAAGCAGACAUGAACAACCACGACCUGCUCGACAAGAUCAAAGAAGCAAUGGACGACAAGCAAGCCGAAGUCGAAGCCCUUGGCCACCGCGUCGCACAGGCAGAAGAAGAGCUGGAGAAACUCCGCGAAAUCACAAACACGCAGAAGAGCCAGAGCGACGCCCAAAUCGAACGCAUGGAAAAAGAACUCUCGCGCAUGCGCAGCGGCCUCGGCGAGUCCGUCCAGCUGAUGGUCCAGAGAGAAAUGGCUGUUAAUAUCGAGUACGAACAACUCCAGCUCCGCGCAAACUCGCUGCGCGAAGAACUGCACACGGAAAUCGAGCGCAUGCUCGACGACAUCGUGCGCUUCAAACUCCAUGUCCAGCGCAGUUUGGAGGAGUACGAGCAGUUCAUUGCGGACGAAGUCGAGCGCAGCUGCGAAGAGCAGGAUGAACUUGCUGACGGUGACGAGGAGGAGGAGGGCGAGACGGAGGAGAUGGACGAGGAGUGAAAAGUGCCUAUCUGACGAUCUGCUUUAAUGAAGUCAUGAUGGUGUUUUGGAAGGGCCUGGCUCGGUUCGGUUUUUGAGGGUCUUUGUCUUGGUGAAUGGCGCUUGGCUUGGCUUGACUUGACUUGGGUGUUGGAGUUGGAGUUGGAGUUGGAGUUGAACAGGGGAUGAUGAUCUCUAAGAUACCUAUCGUUGCGUUCUGGAUAGCUUUGAAUUUUGCACAUUCGCAUUCUACU